AUGGCCUAAUUUUUAAAUUAUCAUUGGUAAAUAACGAUGAAAUUUGGUAAGAAUCUUAUCCAUUUGUCGGUGCCCGAAUGGAGAGACUAUAAUAUUGAUUAUAAUGAUUUGAAGCACCAAAUCAAAGAGUUAAAGGAUAAGCCGGCAAACAUUAGUUUGCUUUAUGGUUCAUUUAUAUCAAAUUUUGAUUAUAUCAACUUGUUUAUAAGUUCCAAACAACACGAAAUCGACGUCAAAUUGAAUAAUGCUUACAUGGAUUACCAUAAGUGUGCUGAUCUCCACGGGAGCGUACGGCUGUCGAAAAUGGACGAAAUCCAUUUCCAUAUACUUAUUGACUUAUCGAUUGAAUUGAAAAAAUUGAAUAAGUUUAUUCUCAUUCAAAAAAUCGCCAUUAAAAAAAUUUUCAAGAAGUUUAUUAAGUAUAGUGAUAUUAAGGAUGCUGCCAGUUUUGUAAAUCAGUUGCAGAACUACUUGCUUAAGAACCGUCGAAGUGUUUAUAAUAUCGAUUUGGGUUACUUGACCAAUAAGUUGACCAAUUUGGUUAACUUGAUCAAUAACGAGUCCGAAACCAACUCGGUUAAAUCGAUAUACUCCACGACUUCGUCGUAUGAGUUGACCCAUUUACUUAAAAAGAAUUUUAAAAUUGAUUUUUUGAUUCCUAACGAUUCUAAUACUACCAAUGAAUUAUUGAUUAAUUUGAACUUGCAUAUUAAUUUGACUCCCAUUAACCAAAGUAAGAUUUCCUUUAUCUACUUAACCAAUAGAGAUGUGGCCGAUAAGCCCAGCUACAUCUUGACCGAUUCGUUGCUUAAUGAGUCAUUGGUGGUGGCUCACACGGGUGGAUUGAGAGAUUAUAGCUACUGUAUCUUGCAUAAUGAUAUCAUCAAGAAUUUCUUACACUAUUUGAAUGGAGACGUUGAGUUGGAAUCAACUUUAAAACUGCAGUUGGACGGCCAUUUGUCAAGUCUUGCCAAAUUGACCAUCGAUACCAUUAUUAAUGAUCAAUUAAAACCAAGCUUACAAAUUAUAUGUCAGAGAAAUCGAUACAUUGUUGAUUCAAAUGAAGAUGAUUACUUGGUUUGUUUCGAUCAAGAUAUCUACACUACAGAUUUACCCAAUCUAAACUUGGAAUUGAAUACUGACAAGUUUGAUAUCUUCCCCUUUAAUCACUUGAUUAUCAGUUCCAAUGAUUCAAAUUUACAUAAUUUCGAAUCAAAUUUAAUUACUCAAAUAAACGACGAUAACUCGUUGAAAAUUCAAUUUAAUUCUUGUUAUUUAACUAAGUUACCGUUGAAGGUUCAACAGCUUAUCAAAAAUAAGUUCAGUUUAAACUUAUUCAAAAACCUAUCCUUUUUCGAAUACUUGAAAUCUUGUUAUUUUAACCAAUUGCCAAAUUAUUACUCAAAUCAUUUUCAAAUCUUAUUAAACUUGAACUUAAUGAAAAAUUUGGAAAAUGUCAUUAUCAUGAAUGAAGUUGAUGAAUUGGACGCUAAUAUCUUACAAUCAAAUUCAAAUUUCUCUUCUUUUAGAAAACCUUCCUCUAAUGAAUUAAGUCCAUUGAUUUCUAAACAAGAACCAGAAAUUGAAUACGAAACUGAUGAUAAUUAUAUGCUUUUCUUAAACUUAAACAACGUUAAUGAUCAAUCCCUUUUAAACCAAUUUAUCUUUAAUUGUAUUAAAUUUAAAACUAAAAUUUCAAAUUACUCCAAUAUUAUCUUGCAUGAAAAAAAUUUCCUUUAUGAUUCUAUUAAUGAUGAUCCCUAUGAAGAUUUUACUAAUGAUUAUCAAAUUCAAUUUGAAAUCGAUUAUGAUAACACUCUAAGCUUCUUUUAUUUCUCGUUGCUUCUAAUUUCGCUUUUCAUCGUGGGCAUUGACGGGGGAAUCAUUUACUCUUUGAAAGUUUUAAACUCAAUCAAUGAAAAUUCCUUGAUUGUCUUUGUCUUAAUCAUGGGAUUGUUAACUAGUUUGAUUUUCAGCAGCUUUUCAAUCCUCAUCAGUUUGAAAAGAUUUAAUCAACUACCCGUGUCUCAUUCCUUAGUUCUUGGUUCCGGUACCUUAUCCGUGAUCGUCUGCGUGGCAUGGGGGGUUUAUACCAUGGUAUGAUCAACUCCUUAAUGGUGAGUUAUCAUUCACUCCAUCCAUCAGAAGUCUGCAUCUUUUUAUUUCUUUAACGAUUUUCUAUCCUUUUAGCUGGCUAUUAGGUAUCACGACUAUAUAGACUUAUUGCAUUUGUCAUUUCUC